AUAGUUCCUGUUUGAUGCUUUCAUCUCUCUGAUAAGGAAUGGGAAGGAGGGGAGCAUCGCAUCUGUGAUGCCAAAGAAACCUGCUGUUCCUCAGAGAAUCCAGGUGUCUAAAGUGUUGGUGCUGGGAUCUGGAGGCCUGUCCAUCGGUCAGGCAGGAGAGUUUGAUUACUCGGGAUCCCAGGCUGUUAAAGCUAUGAAGGAGGAAAACUUACAAACUGUGCUGAUUAACCCCAACAUUGCCUCGGUACAGACUAAUGAGGUUGGCACCAAGCAGGCAGACUCUGUGUACUUCCUGCCCAUCACUCCUGAGUUUGUAACAGAGGUGAUCAAGGUAGAGAGACCCGACGGCAUCCUGCUCUCCAUGGGAGGACAGACGGCUCUCAACUGCGGGGUGGAGCUCUUUCAGAGUGGUGUCCUGCAGAAGUAUGGAGUGCAAGUUUUGGGCACACCUGUGGAGUCCAUCAUGGCCACUGAGGACCGGCAACUCUUUUCAGACAAACUAAUGGAGAUCAAUGAAAAAAUUGCUCCCAGUAUGGCUGUUAAAACAGUGGCAGAUGCCUUGAAGGCAGCAGAUGAGAUUGGCUACCCUGUCAUGUUGAGAUCAGCUUAUGCCCUGGGUGGCCUUGGCUCAGGCCUGUGUGCUAAUAAAGAGAAGCUAGACGACACUGCUUGCAAGGCCCUGGCCAUGAGCAGCCAGAUCCUGGUGGAAAAGUCCCUGCUGGGCUGGAAGGAAGUGGAAUAUGAGGUGGUUAGAGAUGUUGCUGAUAACUGCGUCACUGUCUGCAAUAUGGAGAACUUUGACCCUCUGGGUAUCCAUACAGGUGACUCCAUCGUGGUUGCACCCAGCCAGACUCUGUCCAAUGAGGAAUACCACAUGCUGAGAGAGACUGCUAUUAAAGUAGUGCGUCAUCUGGGCAUUGUGGGAGAGUGCAAUAUCCAGUAUGCCCUGCAUCCGUCCUCUCUGGAGUACUGUAUCAUUGAGGUGAAUGCCCGCCUCUCCAGAAGCUCAGCACUGGCGUCCAAAGCCACAGGGUAUCCGCUAGCAUUUGUAGCUGCUAAACUAGCACUCGGCAUCCCACUGCCGGACAUAAAGAAUGCAGUGUCGGAGCAGACCACGGCCUGUUUUGAGCCCAGUUUGGAUUAUAUUGUCACCAAAAUACCUCGCUGGGAUCUGGACCGCUUCCACGGGAUGUCUCGGGAGAUCGGCAGUGCCAUGAAGAGUGUUGGAGAGGUCAUGGCAGUUGGCCGAACCUUUGAGGAGAGCAUCCAGAAGGCUUUGCGUAUGUGCCACCCCUCAGUGGACGGCUUUGUACCGCGUCUGCCUCUGAAAAGAGCCUGGGCAGAGCAGAGAGACCUUCAGCGAGAGCUAUCGCUGCCUUCAAGUACUCGUAUCUUCUCCCUCGCCCAGGCCCUUCACAGUGGUGUGACCGUUGAUCAGAUCCAUGACCUCACUGCCAUAGACAAAUGGUUCCUGCACAAACUGAAGCACAUUACUGCGAUGGAGCAGCUCCUGGGUCAGUAUAACAGCGCCACAGUGCCGAGAGAUCUACUUCUGAAGGCCAAGAUGGAUGGUUUCUCAGACCGACAGGUUGGCCAGGCUAUGAACAUCUCAGAGGGAGAAGCUCGGGUGCUCAGGCUCAACCAGAACAUCAGACCUUGUGUCAAACAGAUUGAUACACUUGCUGCUGAAUACCCUGCAGCCACCAAUUAUUUGUAUUGCACUUACCAUGGUCAGGAGCAUGACUUGGAUUUUAAGGAUCGUGGUAUCAUGAUUGUGGGUUGUGGUCCGUAUCACAUUGGCAGCAGUGUGGAGUUUGACUGGUGUGCGGUGUCAAGCAUUCGUGCCCUUAGACAGAUGGGCAAGCGUACAGUGGUGGUGAACCAUAACCCAGAGACGGUCAGUACGGACUUUGAUGAGUGUGACCGUCUGUACUUUGAGGAGUUAACCCUGGAGCGCAUCCUGGACAUCACACAGCAGGAGGAUCAUCCUGUGGUCAUCACUAAAUUCGUCCGAGGUGCCAGAGAAGUGGAGGUGGAUGCAGUGGCCAAAAUGGGCAAGGUGCUGGUUCAUGCUAUCACAGAGCAUGUGGAGGAUGCAGGAGUGCACUCAGGAGACGCCACACUCAUACUGCCCACCCAGACCAUCAGCCAGGGAGCUCUGGAGAAGGUGAAAACUGCUACACAGAAAAUUGCAAAGGCGUUUGAGAUUUCAGGGCCAUUUAACACUCAAUUUUUGGUGAAGGGCAAUGAUGUAAUGGUGAUCGAGUGUAACCUGCGUGCAUCUCGAUCUUUCCCUUUCGUCUCUAAAACUAUUGGUGUGGACUUCAUCGAUGUGGCUACAAGGGUCAUGGUGGGUGAGUCACUGGACGAGUCUCGUCUGCCCUCCCUAGAAAACCCAAUCAUUCCAGUCAACUAUGUUGGCAUUAAGACUGAAAAUUACAAAUGA